AAUGUCCAACGAACUCAGCGAAUUGAUCGCUCUCGGCUGUCCGGACCUCACGGCCCAAAAGCCAGAGGGCGGCAGCACCCAGAUUGAGCUGAUCCUUAACACGGAGCGCCGUCUCAGCAUAAAGCAGAUGACAGCCACGGACCUGGCAGCCCUUCGGGCGGCAGCCGCUGCCGAAGCCGAGGCCAGAGUUCGAGCGCAGGCGGAAGCGGAAGCCAGGGCGAUCGCCCAGGAACAGUUGCGACAGGCCCGCGAGGCCGAGUCCAAGGCCAGAGCACGUGCUGCCCUCGAGGUGCAGGCCCAGCUGCAGCGGGUGAUGGAGAGCGAGAAGCGCAGGGAGCGGGAGGAGGAAGAGGAACGAGACAGGCAAGCGAAACGGGAAGAUGAAGACGAGGACGAAGAUGAAGAGGAAGAAGAAAAGGAGGAGGACUUGGCCAAGGGUUCUCUACCCUCCAAUACAGGUCCCAGGGAACGCAUAACCUCGCUGCCCAGCAUUCUUGACGAUGCCAUGGAAAUGCACCUUUUGAACGUCUCACAGCCCAAAGCCACAUCUAGAGAUGAUUCUCCUCCUCGGAAGAGCACCUCCCACCUGGCCGAUUCCAUUGAACUCCUCCGGAUGCAGCGAGCUGCCCGCGAUGCCCGAUCCCACAAUCGCACCCGGGAACGUUCCAUAUCGCCGGCAUCGCGUAAUCGCGAACGGAGUGCUGCUCCUGAUCGCCUUCAGAGUUCCGCGAGCAUGAGCAGCUUGGACAGUGCCUCGGCUUCAGCCUCGCGACAGCCCAGCAAGGCUGAAAGUCGACGUGGCAGCACAUCCAGUGCCUCUGGUGUGGAACCACCUGCAGCAGCCCCUGCUCUGGCCUCCAAAUUUCCACUCUCCAAGACGGUAUCGGCGCCCAAUGUCAUGAACCGAAGGAAAAGCAGCCUCACCUCACUCUUUCCGGGACCUGCGCCUCUCGUGGCACCCGAGCCCUCGCUGCAUACCACUCCGGUGGCUCCACCGCCGGAAGAGGAGCACCGUCGAGGGCGAAUGGAGAAUGGUUACCGUGAGAUACCAAGCGGAAAGAUGGUGCAUCGCACCAAGACUCCGCCACCGGUGGGCGCCAAUCUGGGGGUUAACCUAAAGCGAGUCACGGCGCCCAGUGGAUCCAUAACUGUCAAGCCCAAGGAGUCGCCCAUGCUGGGCGUGGUGCUCCGCAAGGUUGAGAAGAAAGUAGUGCCACAGAAGAGCAUCCUGGACGAUGAUAAACCACUCUACCACUUUUCCAUUGUGCGCAGCGAUCACAAGGAGCAUGUGCCCGCCCAGAAGCCGAAGCCUAAGCCUGCUCCCCCAGCUGCCAAACCCAGCCCAGGUGGCAUCCUCACCGGGCCUCAGGUGAUACGUACUGCAAACCAGCAGCCUAAGCAACCUGUGCCCGUCAAGCCGCAGCGUCCCAUGCCUGGAGUGCCCAUCACAAUAACCAAGAUCGAGGGUGACAAGAUCAUCAUCAUCAAGAAGAUAAUUGUGCCGAAGAACAGUAAGAUACCGGAACAGUAUCUGCAGAUGAGUGAAGAUGCGGCCAAGCCAUCAAAUGCAGUGCCAACAGCGGUUUCCGCCGCCCCAUCGCCCAACCUAAGGACCAAAGAGGACUCCGUGCCAGCCAUGCAGAAACCAACGCCGCCGCCGGCCAGUACUGGCCAGCAGUUCUUCCAGGUGGUUUCGCCCCAGUUCGCCUCAGUGCUGUCGUCCAGCAUCCCGGAUAGCAAGUGUGCCGUUCGAUCACCGAUCUCCUCGCCAUUGGCCAUACGCAAGAGCCGCCCGCCACUGCUGCCGGCGAGUCCCAAGUCCACGCCACCGCUGCCUCGAAAGCAUCAUCCGCUGGCAUAUAAUGCGGCCACAGGGACAAUUAGCAGUGCGGCCGGAGGUGCUUUGCCUGCUCGCCUAAUGGCUACCAUUGCUUCGAGCCCCGCCUCCAGCAUAUCAGUGUCCUCCUCCAGCUCACCUUCUUCCUCACCGCCGCCUCCAGUGCCCUGUAGGGCUCCAAAGAAUGCAACUAAGCCCGCAGGUCCUGCAGCAGCACCUCCGCCAUCCAACGAAAUUACGCUGGACAAGCUAUUGCAGCAACAACAGGAACUGGAGGAGAAGUCGGCGGCGGCCAAGAACAGCGCUCAGAUAGAUGCGAAUUUCUACGAUGCCGAGAUCGAGAUGAUGAAUAAGUAUCUGAAGAGCUUGCCCGACUACAGCGAGCUGGACAGGAAGCUGCAUCAGGAGUUUCAGGAGUGCGAGGAUCUCUACGACAGGCUUAAGCGCCAACAGCAGCCGCUGGCCAAGUCGAAUUCGCAGCAGUCGGUGACCAAGGGCGCCCCAGGUGCCACAGUUCCGACAAUCUCCUCCGGUCUAGCCAAGUCAUCGUCCAUCAACUUCACCCAUAAUCCCAGUCGGGGAGCUGCUCCCCGGAUGGCCUAUCCCUCGAUAUUCUCACAGCCUGGGGGCGAACCCAAGCUGCAGCGCAGCAUCUCCAGCUCCAAUAUGCCGAUAAGUACGCCCACUCCCAUGCGGCCACUGCCCGCGAAGAAUGGUCUGCAGAGCGGCUCGAAUCUCUCCCUGAACAAACAGCUAAUGAACGAGUUCUGGAGCGAGAAUCUAACCAGUUCGCAUAAGCGACAAACGCCCAAGCGCACUUUCUGGAACUACGAGAAGAUCUGUGGCGCCCAGUUGGGCGAUGCCGGCCAACCCUUCAAAGUGGAUGCGAAGACGGCCAAGAAGCUGGCCAUCUUUGAUCCGACGGUAGCGGAGGCAGCCCAAAAGGAGUUGCAACGGCCCCAGCAGCAGUCUCAGCAUCAUCCUCACAAGCUGCAGAAAAAUGCCUCGCUAUCGCACCUAGACCUCAAAGUCCGGCAGGCGGUGACCAAGGACGAUCUGUACAAACUAAUAUGCAACGAGCAAUCCCCAUCGGCGGGGGCUGGUUUUGUGAGUCGGGUGCCAGUCAAGCAGCAGCAGCAGCCAGCGUUGGCCCAGCAGGCUCAAAUCCUCCCCAAAAGCGUGUCCAUGACGCAUGUACCGGGUGGCUGCCAACCCAUGGCAGGUCCUUUGAUGCGGACCUCAAGCCGCACACACAUACCCUGCUACAUGAAACACCUGCCUUCUUUGAGCAGGAGUACCUCCAACUCUGCGAUAUUGAUGACGCCUCAGCCACGCAAGGAGCCGCCAUCGAAAGAGCCGCUUAAAGUUGCUCCUGCUGCUCCGGGACCGGCUCCUGUUCUUGCUUCUGUUCCUGCCCCUUCAACUUUCACCAAACCCAGUGGCGUCUUAAAGAGCUCCAGUAGUUCAUGUGUCCCAUCGCCCCGGUGUGCUGCUGCCUUCUUUCGACGACCGCAGGAAAAUAGCAAUCAGCAGCAGCAGCAUCAGCCUUUACAGCAACCACAAAAGGCUGUGCCCAACGAGGAAUCUGGGCCUGGGGACUCUGCCUCACUGGAACGCAAGUCCGAGAAAAGCAACAGCACGAUAAGCACGAGUAGCUUUACGGUGACCAACUGUUGCACCACCCACCUGCCGCAGCUCUCCAAGUUCACCUCGUCGUUCCACAUUGCCCCGACCACAACAGCCACGACGACGGCGUCGACGUCAACGACAACACCAACUGCAACGAUUGCCAUGCCAGCAGCAGCAACACCAAGUGAGGGCGGCCACAAGGCACCCCAGCAGCAGCAGCAACAAAGUGGCGCAGCUGCCAACUUGGAGGUGCCAACAUCGUCAUCGUCGGCGGCCACAAAGCGCCAGAAAGAUGUUGACAACAAGCUAGAAAAAUGCCUCAACGACAUGCUAAAGUUAAAGACCAACAGCAACAUCACUAGUAUCAGCAGCAGCAACAACAAUAAUAAUAAUGCAAUCAUGUCGCAGUCGCUGACAGGCGAGCACAAAGAGCCGAACGCUGCAGGCGGCGACAGCCUUCCGAGCAGCAGCAGCGGCAGCAAGUACGUGGGUGAAUCUCAGAUCCCGGUGCCAGUUCAGCUCUACGAUCCGCAGAAGCCAUUGCUGCAGCAGCAACAAAGGAUUUGUUAUCCCAUAGGCAAGUCGAACUCUACUUCGCAGUUGCCAAUGGGUGGCUACCAAAGAUUGCUGCACCAGCAGCAGCAGCAGCAACAACACCAGCAACAUCAACAACAGCUACAACAACAACAACAGGAACAGCAGCAGCAAUAUCCCCAGCAUAAGCGACCUUUCCUCAACUGGAACAGUUUUGCCUGCUCCGCCAUGAAUGGAGCUAGUGAUCCCUUCAUGCAGCAGCAGCAGCAACAUACGCAUCAACAGCAUCUGCCCCACAAGCUGCAACAAUCCUACUCCUCCUCCAAUGUGCCCAAGCAGACACCCAAAUCGGGACUGGCCAUGUUUCUGCAAAAGAACACCAACAAGGAGAACAAGUUUGGACAGCCGCCGCAUCAUCAGCCGCCAGGCAUGAUGCCACAGAUGUACGGCUACCAGGUGCCGCAGCAGCAGCAAUCCAUAUCCAAGCUGGGCUAUCCGCGCACCGGAGCCCCACUGACGCACUCUGUAUCCUUUAGCUCCGCCCAGCGGCCUACGGCCCUGAUGUUUCACCAGCAACAUCAGCCACAACAACAGCAGCAGCAGCCACAGCCGCAUUCCAGCUUUGGGCAGGGCAUGAUGAGUAGAAACUACUACAAUCUGCCCAAGCAGCCGGAGCGCAAGCCGCUGCAGACCUUUGAUCCCUAUGCCUAUCCCAAGCCGAAUCAAAUGCAGCCGGUCAAGUACCAGCCACAGUCGCAGUCACAGCAGCAUCAGCAAUCGCAUCCGCAUACGCAGUUUCUGAACGCUUCCGCUGGCGGCGUCGGAGGAGGAGGAGGAGGAGUAGUAGUAGGUGGUGGCGCUGGCGCUGCCGCUGGGCUUCAAUACGAUCCAAAUACAAAUACGCAAUUGUUUUACGCGUCGACGGCGUCAUCGUCGGCCAAUAUGCAACCGCAGCCACCGCAACAGCAACUGCAACAAAGCAAUUCUGUCAUAUUCAAUCACCACCAACAACAUCAACAACAGCACCAACAACAAUUACAACAACAGCAGCAGAACGAAAUGUCCAAGUCCGCUUUGGGACUGCACUUCAUCGAGACAGCAAAGCCCGUCAUUCAAGAUGAUGCUGAUGGUCACUUAAUUUACCACACCGGAGACAUUCUCCAUCACAGAUAUAAGAUCAUGGCCACACUGGGCGAGGGAACUUUCGGACGUGUGGUUAAGGUGAAAGACAUGGAGCGCGAUUACUGCAUGGCCUUAAAGAUCAUUAAGAACGUGGAAAAGUACCGCGAAGCUGCCAAGCUGGAGAUUAAUGCCCUGGAGAAGAUUGCCCAGAAGGAUCCGCAUUGCGAUCAUUUGUGUGUAAAAAUGAUUGACUGGUUUGAUUACCAUGGACACAUGUGCAUAGUAUUUGAAAUGUUGGGGCUGAGUGUUUUCGAUUUUUUGCGUGAGAACAACUAUGAGCCAUACCCGCUGGACCAAGUGCGCCACAUGGCCUAUCAAUUAUGCUACUCUGUGAAAUUUCUACAUGACAAUCGUUUAACGCACACAGAUCUCAAACCGGAAAACAUACUGUUUGUCGAUUCGGAUUAUUCUGCUCACUAUAAUCAUAAGAUUAAUCGCGAGGUUCGCCGUGUCAAAAACACAGACGUCCGUCUAAUUGAUUUUGGCUCUGCCACCUUUGACCACGAGCACCACAGCACAAUUGUCUCGACGCGACAUUAUCGCGCGCCCGAGGUCAUACUGGAGCUGGGUUGGUCGCAGCCCUGUGAUGUUUGGUCCAUUGGCUGCAUCUUGUUCGAACUGUAUCUGGGCAUCACGCUCUUCCAAACGCACGACAACCGCGAGCACCUGGCCAUGAUGGAGCGCAUCUUGGGACAAAUACCAUAUCGCAUGGCACGCAAUCACACUCUUUACAGCAAAACCAAAACAAAGUACUUCUAUCACGGUAAGUUGGAUUGGGAUGAGAAGUCCAGUGCGGGUCGCUAUGUCCGAGAUCACUGCAAGCCGCUGCAACAGUGCCAGCUAAGCGAUGGCGAGGACCACUAUGAGCUGUUCAGCCUGAUUAAAAAGAUGCUGGAGUAUGAGCCCUCGUCCCGAAUCACGUUAGGUGAGGCCCUGCGUCAUCCGUUCUUUGACAAGCUGCCGCCACAUCAUCGGGUGGGAGAAAUGGCCAACAAGCAGCCACUGUCAUCGGGCAGCAGCAGCCGCGAGCGAUCGCAUAGCCUGUCCAGAUGAGAAUUACAGCGAUUUGGUUAUUGUUGACAGACAGCGCUGAUCAAGCACUCAAUCAUGCAAACAUACACACAAAGCAGUCGUCCAGCAACGUCCUGCACCGACAUCGUAGAGUAGACCCGCAAUCACAACGGCAGAACCCUAUCUUAAGUGCUAAAGUCUUUAACUGACGUUUUUUUUCUAAACUUGACUUGUAUAGAUGUUUCCCAUACAAAAGCAAACCCCAUUCGACGACGACACAUUGUUUCCUAGUACAACGUGCACACGUUGCUGUGCACCAUUAAGAGCUGUGCCUGUGCAUUGUAUACCAUACCCGCCAACAGUGUUUUGUUCUGUAAACAAAUGAUAACCAAAUCGUGUAUAAUAUUGAUAGUGCGGUGCGUCCUCCCGACACUAGAACCUAAACUGUAAAUGUCUUGAAAUGUGCGCCCCUGCGGUAGAUGAGACAAUUUAUAAACCGACUGCAAGCCCGAUUAAUGGUAUAUACAAGUGUAGUUGUAACAUAAGAAGUCGCUUAAAUGCUAGUUGAAAUGUAUCCCCCACAAUGUGCAUUGGGAGCCCGACUAAUUUGUAAUUAAUACCCCAUUUCGAGAGCGUGAUCCGUAAGCUAAUGCAAGCCAUUACACACACACACACACACACACAACACCCCACGCCUGUAUGGUUAAUUGUGAAUGUAAGAGAGAGAGCAAUUGUUAUGCCGCCCCUGUGUGCACGAUCGCCAUUCUGCGCGCAUUUUGUGUAAAUUCAGUAGCAGCCCAGCAGAGUCAUAUUUCUCUUUUAAAAUACGUUUGGAAAUAUUUAAAUUUUUAGCCGGCCUGUUUUGUUCGUUUUCGUUUUACAAUCGAAUAUCGAAAGAUCAACCCAUACAUUGAUACAAGCAUACACCAUCGUAUGAACACUAGAGUAUAUAUGCAUAUACUUAUACAUACUUAAUUCAAAUGAUUGUGAGUUAGUUUAAUAUUACAUAAAUAUUAAUUAUAAAUUACAUUAUUUGCAAACUUAACCCGAUCAACCAGCAUAUAAGAUAAAAAAAAAACAAUAUUGUCAAGUUAUUAAAAAUUGAAAUAAAUCUUAAAUAAAAAAACAAAA